CUGCCGCUGCAGUUGACAACCGCUAAGGUGGACAUGGACAUUGAAAUCGACAUUCAACUGCUCACAAAUGGCUAUGAUGGCACAACGCUGACAUCGUUCUACAAUGAGAGCAGCUGGACAAACGCCUCCGAAAUGGAUACAAUAGUUGGUGAGGAACCGGAGCCGCUGUCCCUUGUGUCAAUUGUUGUUGUUGGCAUCUUCCUAUCGGUGCUGAUAUUCCUCUCCGUGGCCGGGAACAUUCUCGUCUGCCUGGCCAUCUACACGGAGCGCAGCCUGCGACGCAUCGGCAACCUGUUCCUGGCCUCAUUAGCGAUUGCGGAUCUGUUUGUGGCCUCCCUGGUGAUGACAUUCGCAGGCGUCAACGAUUUGCUGGGAUAUUGGAUCUUUGGAGCGCAAUUUUGUGAUACUUGGGUGGCCUUUGAUGUCAUGUGCUCGACGGCGUCAAUUCUGAACCUGUGCGCUAUAUCAAUGGACCGCUACAUCCACAUCAAGGAUCCGCUCAGAUAUGGCCGCUGGGUGACACGGCGCGUGGCGGUCAUUACCAUCGCCGCCAUUUGGCUGCUGGCCGCAUUCGUCUCGUUUGUGCCAAUCUCCCUGGGCAUCCAUCGGCCCGACCAGCCUAUGAUUUUCGAGGAUAAUGGCAAGAAGUAUCCCACAUGCGCCCUGGACCUCACGCCCACCUAUGCCGUCGUCUCCAGCUGUAUCAGUUUCUACUUGCCCUGUGUGGUCAUGAUUGGCAUCUACUGUCGCUUGUAUUGCUAUGCCCAGAAGCAUGUCAAAUCCAUCAAGGCAGUGACCCGACCUGGCGAGGUGGCCGAGAAACAGCGUUACAAGAGCAUUCGACGCCCCAAGAUGACGCCCAAGAAGUUCAAGGUGCGAAACCUGCACCACAGCUCUCCGUACCACGUCUCGGACCACAAGGCGGCGGUGACUGUUGGCGUCAUCAUGGGCGUGUUCCUCAUCUGCUGGGUGCCCUUCUUCUGCGUGAACAUCACGGCCGCCUUCUGCAAGACCUGCAUCGGCGGACAGACCUUCAAGAUCCUCACCUGGCUGGGCUACUCGAACUCGGCAUUCAACCCGAUCAUCUACUCGAUCUUCAACAAGGAAUUCCGGGACGCCUUCAAGCGUAUCCUGACCAUGCGUAAUCCCUGGUGCUGUGCCCAGGACGUAGGCAACAUCCAUCCGCGGAACAGCGACCGCUUCAUCACCGACUAUGCGUCCAAAAAUGUGGUCGUGAUGAACUCGGGUCGCUCCAGUGCCGAGCUCGAGCAGGUCUCUGCGAUUUGACCAAAAGGCGGCUACAGCGGAGACAGCUGGCUGCCGUGCUGCUACGGCUGCGGCUGUGGCGGCCUCCGCGUGGAUGAUGACGACGACGGAGCACUGACCACGCGCUAUGUUCCAUGAGAU